AUGUCUUCUCCAGCAGGUCUAACAGCUCUGCUAGAAACACAGCAGACUGUGAUGGCAGCAGUGGGAGGAGAGGCUCAUCUCGGCUGUCUGCUGACGCAAACUAAAGAUGUUCUUCAGGUCACGUGGCAGAAACUGUUACCUGAGGGGGAGAAGAAUCUUGCCACAUACAAUAAAUAUUUUGGUCAAAGAGUGAACGCAGCCUUUCAAGGAAACAUGGAGUUUGAAGCGGCUGGACUGCAGAACAGCUCCAUAGCUAUCAGGAAGGUGACGGAGCAGGAUGAAGGAUGCUACCGCUGUUUGUUUAACACCUACCCUGAUGGUGCUCUCACAGGUACAACCUGCCUCAAACUCUAUGAGCUGCAUGAACCCGUCCUACAUGUUGGAGAAUCAAACUCUGCUAAAGAGGCACUUGUGUCCUGCUCGGCCACAGGUCGACCUGCUCCCACAGUAACACUAAGUGUCCUGCCACACAACGGCCACUUUGCUAACCACAGCUCUGUGGGAGUCACCAACACCAAUGGUACAGUCACUGUCACCACUACAGCUGUGCUGUCUCAUCUCCAUGACAACAGCACACAGGUUGGAUGUGCAGUGCGAGUGCUCUCUGCUCCUCAGAUAGAGGUGUUGGUGAUGAUUCCUGAGGUCAAACAGUCGUCUGCUGCUGGUUCUGAUGAGAAACCUCGAUCUGGUAACAUUGGUUUCAAUUUGACUUGGAUCAUUGUGGUGUUGGUGGUAGUGUCCUGUGUAGUCAUCGUAGUGGGAAUAAAAAUCACCGCCCUGCUUAAACAAAAACAUCAGAACCGUCUGUCACAACGGGAACUUGAUAUGCCUCAAACUACAAUCGGACACACUCAUAAAACUAAAGAAGAGCAAGAUAAUGAGCAGAUACAGCUGACACCUGAGAAAAAUCUAACAAGUGUCAACCCAAAGACAUCACCUUCAAUAGCAAGAAGACUUUGUUUUGACCAAUGUCAACAAUAUAGUGACUCAGAAUAACCCACAAGACUGAAACGGUAGUUUUUUCAGAGUUACAGGGACUGCAACAUAAAAGGUUUAGUUCAAGCAACACAUUAAUAGCAUAACAACCAAUGUUUUGGUGAUAGAAAGAUAUUGGAGGCAGUAAUGUCCUAGACUGGUAGAUAGAACCACUUUGUGGGCUUUGUGGGAGAACAUAGAAAUGUGGCUUAAAUUUGCGUGUACCAAUCCUAAACACAGUAGCACACAGAAGAAGAGCACAAGUAAUCCUCAGUACUCCAUGAAGUGAUCAGUAAAGUUGACAUGUGAAGCAAUUGGGUAAUUUUUUAUUCUAAAAUGAGCACAACUACUGUAGGCUAUAUACACUAACCUAAAGGAUUAUUAGGAACACCAUACUAAUACUGUGUUUGACC